AUGGUUUCCUUCUCCUGCGAGGCUUGCGGUGAUAUCCUCACCAAGAAGAAGCUUGAUCCCCAUCGCAACCAAUGUCGCGGCGCCACCUUCACCUGCAUCGACUGCAUGGUGCACUUUUACGGGACUGACUAUCGGUCGCAUACGUCGUGUAUGACCGAGGCGCAAAAGUACCAGGGCGCGCUCUACAGGGAGAAGCCUACGAAGAACCAACGCAAGGCGCAACAGAACAAUGGCAAGCAGAAUCAGAAGCAAAACAAUGCUCAUGGUCACCGCGCCCCGUAUGUCGAAGAUGCGAACGACACCGAUAACCCGCCCGCGGCUCCUACUCCCCCUGUGGCUGGAAACGACAAGUCCCAGGGUACUUCUACGCAGAACGGAGACAAGCAAGUCAAUGUCUUUGACUACUUGGUGGCAGAAAAGACCCCCAACGCGUCCAAGGUCUCUCUAGGCGGAUCCAAAGAGCAGAUGAAGAUGGUCGCCAAUGCUCCCUCCGUCUUCGAGCCCAGCAAAUCUCUGACCCGCGCCGACACCGAUGCGGAGGAAGAGAACAAGAACUACGAUGUCGCAUACGAGGAGAAUGGUUACUCCUAUGGUGCUGGACCCAUUAACCAGUCGGUGUAUGACGGUAAAGCCCCGAACGCCUCCAUGGAGUUCAUGACUCCGGCACCGAAGAAGAAGAAGGAUCGUUUGCGCGGCGAGGACAAGGUCAGCGGCACGACCAGUGAGAAGAAGCGCAAGCGCCGCACCGAUGAUCACGACAUGGAAGAAGCUGACACCCCCAUGUUGGAUGCGCCAUCCAGCGUUCUGAACAACCCGGGCACGCCCAUGCUGAAGCACUCUGGUCUGACUGGUGGUCUGGAUCGGAUGCUCCGCUCGCCGUCUCAGGACGGAGAAGACCACCCGCGUCGGCGUUACCAGGACCCCUCGUCACCCAUCAAGCGUUCUCGCCGGGACAACAAGGACGCCAAUGGUGAUGGUCUUGGAAUUUCGAUGAAGAACCGCGCUGAACGUCUUGUGUCGUCCAUGUUUGGCGGAUCGUCGGUUUCAGGAAGUAGCGUGAACAGCCGCGAAACUGGCAAGGCUGCCCGGGCCAGUCGACGCGGGUCUCCAGACGAGGGUCGUUCCAAGAAGUUGCCCAAGGUCCGCAACACCUCGAACGGCCAGACCGAGUCUGAUGUUAGCAAGAGCAAGCGUAAGAGCAGCGCUCAGACGGACGGUGAUCGGCCGUCGCGCCGUCAAAAGCAGAUCGAGCACACCGACUCUCGCCACGACGAUAACGGUCGUGAAGUGGUGGUCUACCAGCAGAGCGGCGUCCCUGAUGGCCUGCAGCGCCAGAUGGCUACUCACUUCCUCUCAUUGGUGACCAAGGGCCCCGAAAGCACGCGCGGGUUCUCUGUGAACAAGGUUUUGAAGCGAUUCCACCGCGAUUUCACGGACGAGUUUGACGACAGCGACCGUGGACGCGAUCAAGGCCGCAGCCGUGCGGAUCGGGAGCGCAGAGCCGAUGAUGAGAAGGAGCUGUGGCGGACUCUGCGGUUGAAGCAGAAUGAACGGGGUGAAGUGGUGCUUUUCUUCUGA